UACUUUCUAAUGCAUGUCGUGUCCGUCGAUUUAAUUUUUCCAAAACAUGAUAAACAUAUUAUCCAUAAACUUUGAUUUUUUUAUUUAUUUAUAUUUAAAUUUUUGUGCAAUAGAAAAUGAAUUAUUUAUUUAAAGCACCAUUUAAGUUUACUAGUGUUCUGUCAUUUGUUGCAUUUUAUGUAAACAAUCUAUUUAUAAAUGAAUAUUUGUUUUGAAAGUUUCGUUAUUUUUAAGUGACUUAAAUAAGCGGUUGAUACAUCAAGAGCCAAGAUGCCUUCACCAGAUAAUGCAAUAUAUAUUAUUGUGGGGGAAAUGAAUAUGGUGGUGACGUCUAUGAAAAAAGCUAGUCGAUGGUCUUCAAAUAUCCAUCAAGAAGAUGAGCAAGAUACUCUUUUGAAGAAUUUCUCAGAUCUCAAAGAACUUUUAAAUCAAGUAAAUAGCAUAAAUGAUAUUGAACCUAUUACCUAUUUGAAACCUUUCCUUGAUGUUAUACGAGCUGAAAACACAACUGGUCCUGUAACUGGACUCGGACUCUCAGCUGUUAGUAAAUUUCUGUCUUAUGGAUUAAUUGAUGCCAAACAACCUACUGCUCCUCUGGCUGCUGAAAACAUUGCAGAUGCAGUGACGCAUGCACGCUUCAUGGGUACUGAUUCUGCAUCAGAUGAAGUUGUUUUAAUGAAAAUUCUCCAUGUCCUAAGAUUGCUUCUACUAACGCCUUUGGGUGUGCUCUUAACUAAUGAAUCUGUCUGUGAAAUUAUGCAAUCCUGCUUUCGAUUCUGUUUUGAAACAAGAUUAAGUGAGUUGCUUCGUAGAUCAGCUGAGCAUGCUCUUAUGGAUAUGGUUCAGUUGUUGUUUUCAUGUUUACCUCAAUUUACUGAGGAUUCAAGGUGUGCUUAUAUGAAAAAGUUAAAAAUGAGAUCUGGAUCUCUUGAUGCUGGAAGAAGUUCUCGCAGAAAACGUUCUCCCAGGCCAAAGCGGCACAAAAUGCACUCAUCUGAAAUUAAUGAAACUGAGUCAUCCACUGUAAAUGCUAACAAUUUAACUCCUAGUGUUUCUAAUUCUCCAGUACUUACCCAUAAAGAGAUAUCUGUAUCAGAGGCAAAUUCUGAUUCUGUAGAAAGUUGUCAAGAAGUCCUGCAAUCAGUUGAAACUGUGAUUAAUUCUGAGGCUGUAAUUAUUUCAAUGCCUGAAAGUUGUGAUUCCAGUGUUUCAGAAAGGAAAAACACCACAGAAUUUCUUAAUGAACAAAGUUCCAAUCUCAAUAACAAUGAUGUGAUUCAGAAUCAAGAAACUGCAGAAUCUUUACCAGCAGAACCUUACUCUGUUGAUAUUGCCUGUGAUUCAAUUGAAAACACUGAUGGUGCCAUAAUGUCAGUUUUACCAAAUGAAACUGAAACUUGUGUUCAGAAGAAACGCAAUGAAUCUCUUGAGUUGAGCAGUGAAGGAGGGAGUAUACCUCCUGAUUGUCCAGAAGAUGCAUCAAUAGUUGAGCACAGUGAACCAGAUUAUGUCAACCCCAGAGGUGUUCGUUUUACGCCACAUCAGCAGCCAAAAGAGGGUACGGGUCCUCUUGUGCCUUAUGGUCUUCCUUGUGUCAGAGAACUCUUUCGAUACUUAGUAAGUUUAGUUAACCCACAUGAUAGACACAAUUCUGAAACCAUGAUCCAAGUGGGACUGAAUUUAUUAACAGUUGCUCUUGAAGCUGGAGCUGAUAAUCUUGGCAGAUUUGGUUCAUUUUUGGCCUUAAUUCGGGAUGAGACUUGCAGGAAUUUGUUUGCACUAUUGUCAGUUGAACGACUUACAAUAUUUGCUGCUGCCUUACGUGUUUCCUUUCUCUUGUUUGAAGCUCUUCGAACACAUCUUAAGUUUCAGCUAGAGAUGUUUUUAAAAACAUUGAUGGAAAUGAUUGCAUCAGAAACAACUAAAAUUUCUUAUGAACAACGUGAAAUUUCUUUAGAUUGUAUUGCUCAAUUAUGGAGAAUACCUGGAUUAGUGACUGAACUCUAUAUCAAUUAUGACUGUGAUCUGUAUUGCUCCAAUUUGUUUGAAGAACUCACAAAAAUGUUGUCAAAAAAUUCUUAUCCUGUAUCUGGGCUUUAUUCUGUACAUCUUUUAUCCCUGGAGGCUCUUUUGGCUGUAAUUGAAAACAUUGAAAAUCAUUGCCAAUUCCGAAUGUUAAAUCAAAGUCAGUUCUUCCAAAGCAAAGAUUUGGCUAUAUCUCCCACACCAGAUAGUAAUUCCAUAGAUUCUUCCAAACGAGGAGUUCUUCAACAAGGAGCUUCCGGAUAUCUCUUAGGCCAAGAACUGAUAUCUAGUCAAGGUGCUCAAAAGAGCCUUCCAAUAAUUGAAACUACUGAGAAACAAAAACCUUUAAUAUUACCAAACAGAAUGAAAGUUUCCAUGGAAAUUCCUAGUCAUGAAAUUUUAAUGGCAGUGAAACAUAAAAAGAAAAUACUUAUAACUGGUACUGAGCAGUUCAAUUCACAACCCAGUAAAGGCAUUACUUUUCUGCAAGAACAUGGACUUCUUAAAGACCCUUUAGAUCCCCAAGAAGUUGCGACAUUUCUUCGUGAUAAUCCUCAGCUUGAUAAGAAAAUGAUUGGUGAAUAUAUUAGCAACCGAAAAAAUUUGAAGGUGUUGGAAGCUUUUGUUAGGUCAUUUCCAUUUGAAGGAACAAGAAUAGAUGAAGCUUUAAGACAGUAUCUAGAAACAUUCCGUCUUCCAGGAGAAGCUCCUUUGAUAUCUUUGAUCAUGGAACAUUUUGCAGAACACUGGCAUAAAAGUAACAACCAGCCUUUUGCUAAUAAUGAUGCUGCAUUUACCUUGGCCUAUGCCAUCAUCAUGUUAAAUGUUGAUCAACACAAUCAUAAUGUGAAGAAACAAAAUAUUCCUAUGACUAUUGAAGAUUUCAAGAAAAAUCUGAAAGGUGUGAAUGGAGGAAAUGACUUUGAAGAUAGUUUACUUGAAGAAAUUUAUAAUUCAAUCAAAAAUGAAGAAAUUGUUAUGCCAGCUGAGCAAACUGGUAUUGUACGAGAAAAUUAUCUGUGGAAGGUUCUCCUUCGUCGAGGUAGUACCAAGGAUGGCAAAUUUGUUCAUACACCUAAUGGCCUGUUUGAUCAUGACUUAUUUUCUUUAAUAUGGGGUCCUACUGUAGCUGCAUUGUCUUUUAUUUUUGAUAAAACGUCUGAGUCUUCUGUUAUAGAUAAAGCGAUUUAUGGAUUUAAAAAGUGUGCUAUGAUAGCUGCUCAUUAUGGGAUGAGUGAUGUAUUUGAUAAUUUAAUCAUCUCUUUAUGCAAAUUUAGCACUUUGACCAAUACUGUUGAGACUCCCAAAACAUUGCCUAUUUCAUUUGGUAAUAAUACAAAAGCUCAAGUUGCCACAAAAGCAAUGUUUCGACUGGCUCAUCACCAUGGUGAUAUUCUGAGAGAAGGUUGGAAAAACAUUUUGGAUUGUGUUCUGCAACUUUUCAAAGCAUCUUUGCUGCCUAAAGAAUUAGUAGAGGCUGAAGAUUUUGUCAAUCCAAAAGGUGUGAUAUCCUUGAUUCGUGAAGAUGUUCCUGUGAUACCUCGUGCAGAGUCGGGUUUGUUUAGCUCAUUCUAUUCUUAUAUUGUUUCAAAUUCUGAAUCUCCUCAAAGACAACCUACUCAAGAAGAUGAAGCAGCAAGGCAAGCAGCUCUUGAUUGCAUUAUUGAAUGCCACUGUGAGCAGCUUUUCACAGAAAGCAAGUUCCUAAGGGUGGAUUCUCUUCAAGAAUUAGUCAAAACUUUAAUCUUUGUUUGCCAUGCACCUGAAUCUCCUAUAUCAAUUGGUGGGAGCUAUGAUGAAGAUUCAGCUGUUUUUCUGCUGGAGCUUUUAAUUAAAAUUGUUUUACUAAACAGGGACAGGGUGAUGAGUAUCUGGAAUAUAAUAAGAGAUCAUUUAUUGAAUUUGAUAAUGGCAUCUGCUGCAAGUGAUCAUAAUUUUCUAUUGGAACGAGCUGUUGUAGGAAUAUUACGGAUAGCUAUCCGCUUGAUUCGCAAAGAAGAAAUGAUUCCACAGGUUCUUCAGUCUCUUAGAGUACUGUUGUAUCUCAAACCCUCAGCUCUGUACUUAGUCUCAAAACAAACAGCAUAUGCCUUGCAUGAACUUUUGAGAACUAAUGCUGCAAAUAUUCAUUGUCGGCAGGAUUGGUCUUUAAUAUUUUCUCUGUUAGAACGUGUUGGUGCAGGAUCAAAGCCUCCUCGGGAAUUCAAUACUCUAAGCCCUGCAGGUUCACCAAGUAAAAUGAUUCCAAAUGGUGCUCAGUCAGAUAGUGAAUUGAGUGUUGGUAGGCAUGUCCCAGACUCAGAACCAGUGACAGAGCGAGGAUACACAUCAGACAGUGGGGUAUACGACAGUCAGCCAGGCAGUCCCCGAAUGCACAACCACCAGUUAAACCUUCUGUUGAAUGACAGUGUGGGUAUUCAAGGAGGAUGGACUCUGGUGAAUAAAAAUGGUGAAAUAGAAAGCAUUCAGCCCAUGCCUGUGAACCAAUAUAACAUUGUUCUCCAUAGAGAACUUCUGCCUCAUGAUCCUUAUGCAUUUUUGAAAUGUUGUGAAUCAUUAGCAUUUUUAGUCAGAGAUGCUGCCCAUAUUACUACAGAAAAUUUUGAAAGUUGUGUUCAUUGUAUACGAACUUUUGUUGAAGCAAGUACAAACAGAGGCAACUCUCAUGACCGCAAAGUUAAGUCAAAAUUACAUAAAGAGAAAAAGGUUAAAAUUACUCCAAAAAAGAAGGAAGAAAAAAUAAAAACAACCCGUUUGCAUUCUAUUCGAUCUAUUGAAGGCUAUGAAGCUGAUGAUGAAGAUAAAAGUGAUGAAUUUUCACCAGCUUAUCAACAAGUGUCUUUGCAGCUUCUUGAUUUGAUGCAUACCCUCCAUACUCGAGCGGCUGCUAUAUGUAAUCCAAUUGAAUCUGAGUAUAAUACAGAACCUAAACCUGUAAUUAAUCUUUGGGCGACUUGUUGGUGUCCACUACUCCAAGGGAUAGCCCGGCUUUGCUGUGAUUCAAAGAGAACAAUAAGAACAGCUGCUUUAACACUUCUGCCUCGAGCCCUUUUAGUGCAUGAUCUACAAACCCUUACUCCUUUAGAAUGGGAGUCCUGUUUUAAUAAAGUAUUAUUUCCACUUCUUGCCAAAUUAUUAGAAAACAUUAGUCCAAAUGAUCCUAUUGGAAUGGAAGAAACUCGAAUGAGAGGUGCAACACUUCUUUGCAAAGUAUUCCUUCAACAUUUGAGUCCACUACUGACUCUACCUACUUUUAUGGCUCUUUGGCUGACAAUCCUUGAGUUCAUGGAUAAAUAUAUGCAUGCUGAUGGCAGUGAUUUACUGGCUGAAGCCAUUCCUGAAUCUCUGAAAAACAUGUUACUUGUAAUGGAUACUGCAAGAGUCUUCGAAUGCCCAGAAGAUGGGAGCAACAGUGAGAAAUGCCAGAUGUGGCACAUCACUUGGGAUCGCAUUAAUGCCUUUUUACCUGGACUUAAGAAUGAGCUAUUCAAGCAGUCUGUAACAAAAACUGUGGAACAGAAAGAGCAAGUACCUGAAAAUAUAAAGGACAUUGCAGAAGAACCUUCUAAACAAUCAACAGAUAUUGCUGCAGGUGAUAAGAUACAAGAAACUGUUUUAAUCAAUCCUCCUUCUAGUCCAGUAUGUGUUCCAAAAUCCAGCUCGGUAGAUGAAAGCUCCCUGUCAUCCACUCCAGUUUCUGUGAUCCUUCAUCCUCCUUCUUCUCCUAUUGUUUACAAUACAAGUCCAGUGAACACUAGUGCAACUGUGCCUGUCACUAGUCUGUCACAUGUUGUGCCAUCAACACCAGUAGCUUUGCCAUUAUUACUCGAUCCAGUUGUUAUGACACAGACGAACAUGCCUAUCUUUACAUCACAUCAGGCAACUUCAAGAGAUGGAUCACAUUCUAUGAGAUAACAAAUUCUAAACAAUAGAAACAGAAAAAAAUAAAGUACAUGCAGAUAAUAGAUACAUUGUUAUGCUCCUCAUAGCAAAUAUAGGUUUUGGAUGAACUGAAAUAAAAACUGUUUAAUGUAUUAUAAAACACAAAAUAUCCUAUGAAAUGUAAAUGUAUAUAGAUUAUUUGAUAUAUCAUAUAUGAAGUUAUAAUGAAUUUUUUAAAUUUUAUUGUUUUAGAUGUAAAAAUUGAAUACUUGAAUAUAUUUGUACAGGUUAUUAUUCCAUUUAUCUGAGAAAUUAAUCAUGUUAUCAUUUUUAACAUGCAUUUUUUUAACAUUUUUGUGAAAGUUGUCUAUGAUUAAAAAAAAAUCUCUAGUUUGGAAUUAACAUUUUUAAGUGUAAAAAGUACUGUUUUAUUUAGUUUUGAAUAAAGAAAACUUAUAAAUUAUUUUAAAACAUCUUAAGCAUUUUGUAUAUGAGUUACAAUUGUUGAGUUUUAUGUGAUAUUUUAUGAAGAUUUAAGGAGGGUGGAAGUUCUUUUUUUUUUUUCGCAUGUAUAUUUAUCAAAAAUUUGGUUAGGUGUGAAAUGAGUUAUCCUGAAAAGAAUAAUUUUUUUUUUUUAAUUUAAACAUUGUGCUUGAAGUAAAUGUUCAAUUUUCAUCAAUUUACCCCCUUAUACCUCAGCUUUUUAGUUUCUGUUUAAAACAUUUUUAAAGACUUCUAUUACACUGGAUGUUUAAAAACAUUUGGGAUUAUUCAUUCACCAACCUGGUCUUGUUUUGUAUAUGAUGAGAUAUCAUUAUUUUUGUUUGUUUGUUAAAUUGCAAUAAACAUGGAUUAUUUAUGUAGUUAUGAGAAUUUUGUGUCAUUGAUUUAAGCUAAUAUAU